UGUGUCAUGUCCUUGUCUUUCUAACUGGGAGUUAAAAACAGACCCUCCUCUAUCUCUCUCUCUCGGGCUAGUCCAUUCUCAAAUUUCUCUUUACACAGCUUUCUACUGAGACAGAGAGAGAGAGAAGUCAUAUUGGAAGUUGAAGUGGUUCAGUUGAAUUGGUUUGGUCAGGCCAGAAUGAUGUCUUUUUUUUGCCCCUUUUAUCUUCUUCUCUUUCGACUUUCCUUUUCUUGACACAGCUAUUUGUGGGUCUUCGAGUUUCUGUAGUCCUUCUUCAAAAGACUGCACCUUUGUUUUCUUGAGGAUUCUCCAAUGGGUCUUGUUUUCAAGAGUUUCCCUCUUUGACUGGUGCCGAUUUUGUCUUCUUCUUUUUCAAGCAGGGAUAUCUGUGUCUUCUCAGCCAUGAAUCAUUGCAUUCCUGAUUGGAAUCUUGAGGGUGAUCUUCCUGUCUCCAAUCAGAAGAACCCCAUAGAGCCAGACAAGGAGCUAGUAGAGCUACUAUGGCGAAAUGGGCAGGUGGUUUUGCACAGCCAAACACAAAGAAAACCACAUCCUCACGUUCAAAAACAUGAUUCACCAACAGUAAGGGGCUAUGACUCUACUCUGAAUUCAAGUCAUUUGAUUCAAGAUGAUGAGACAGUUUCUUGGAUUCAUGACCCUCUUGAAGAUUCCUUUGAAAAGGAGUUCUGUUCCGAUUUUUUCUCCGAAUUGCCACCACCGCUUUCUGAUCAAAUUUCAGAAGAAAAGUCGGCUAAAUUUGAUGCCUCGAAAACUUCACAUCAGCAGCAACAACUCAACAACAACAAGCAUCCAGUGGUUCCUGAAUUUCCAGGAAACCCAAUGCCCCCUCCAAGAAUUCAAGUCCAGGAGCAAAAUCAUGUUAGUUUAGGAGGAUUUGGUAAAGCUGUUAAUGUUAACUUUUCUCAGUUCUCAGCUCCCCUAAAAGUGGGUGAUUUUAGAUCUUCAAGUCGACAAUUUGGAGGACAGGGGUCUGGAGAUUUUUCACAAGGAGAGGCCAGGGAGUUCUCUGUGGUGACAGUAGGGUCAAGCAACCAAACUCCACGUGACCGUUUCCUGAGCCGUGCUUCUGGUAAUGCUAUUGAGACCGGUACAGGCUUGUCUGCCGGACCCUCCAUAGAUGAUCCGCGAAAAGUAAUCUCCCAGAGCGAGAGAGGCAAAGCUGAUCAGACACUUGAUCCUACUGCUACUUCAUCCUCAGGUGGGUCAGGUAGUAGUCUUGCUAGAACAUGUAAGCAAUCUGCAGUACCUAGUCGUGGCCAGAAAAGAAAGACCAUGGACGCGGAGGAAUCUGAGUGCCAAAGUGAGGAUGCCGAACUUGAUUCAGCAGUGGCAAACAAGCCAGCCAAACGAUCAGGAUCUGCCCGCAGGAGCCGUGCUGCUGAAGUGCAUAACCUCUCAGAAAGGAGACGGAGGGAUAGAAUUAAUGAGAAGAUGAGAGCAUUGCAAGAGCUCAUACCUCACUGCAACAAGACAGAUAAAGCAUCAAUGUUAGAUGAGGCAAUUGAGUAUCUGAAGUCACUUCAAUUACAACUUCAGGUAAUGUGGAUGGGAAGUGGGAUUGUCCCAGUGAUGUUUCCAGGAGUGCAGCAUUUCAUGUCCCGCAUGGGAAUGGGAAUGGGUCCGCCUCCUUUGCCUUCUAUGCAAAAUCCUAUGCAUUUGCCUCGGGUCCCACUUGUUGAUCAAUCCAUUUCUAUGGCUCCCAGACAGGACCGGGCAGUAAAUUGCCAAACUCCAGUACUGAAUCCAGUUAAUUAUCAAGAUCAGAUGCAAAAUCGUACUUUCUCUGAUCAGUAUGCACGUUUCAUGGGCUUUCAUAUGCAAGCUGCUUCUCAGCCCAUGAAUAUGUUCCAGUUUGGCUCGCAAACAGUACAGCAGGACCAAAUGAUGGCACCACCAAACAGUGGCGGUGGACCCUUGAGUGCUGGAACUGCAGCCAGUGAUGCUCCUCCGAGUGGCAAGACGGGUUAAAUGGCGAUAUGAAUUCUGAUCGGGUGUUUCUGGUCCCCUGGACGGAUAAAUUAGGAGAAUUGCUGUGCGGUGGAUGCAACUUCCUGUUGGAUAUGUGAAGCAUUUAAUUCCUCACCAAUCAUCUGCCUACUACUGAAAUAGAUGCGGUCAUAUUUUCUCUGUACAUGUCCCUGAAAUAUAGCUGUUACCAUGUUCUAAAUAUCUCCCAUCAACAUCAAACGUGUUUUGUAACCAUUUUUUAUUGAAUGAAAUAGUUACGUAUAAGUGUUGCCGCUGA